UUCUCAGCGCUCAAUUUCCUGGCUUGUCUCACUUUACACACUAGUUUUAUAAAAAAAAAACGCCAAUGAAGAAUAUUGUUGUUCUAACCGGCUCGUCGCACCCCAAGCUUGCGCAGCGCAUCUGCGACAACCUUGGCAUCGAGCUCUCAGAGUGCAAACUGGGCAAGUUUUCGAAUCAGGAAACCAGUGUCGAAAUCAAAAACUCGGUCCGUGAGAAGCACGUAUACAUUAUCCAGAGCGGCUGUGGGCGCGUCAAUGACAAUGUGAUUGAGCUGUUUAUCCUGGUGCAGGCGUGCCUGAUGGGCAGUGCCAAGCGCGUGACGGUGGUGACGCCGCUGUUCCCGUACUCCCGCCAGUCGGAGAAGUCGCAGAAGAAGCGCCUGCCGCAGCACCAGAUUGGAUCCGAGAUCAUGAGCUCGCUGACGCAGCAGGCCGACGGGCCGUCGUCGCUGCCCCAGGGCACGUUCGCGCAGAGCUUCAUGGGCAUGAGCAUCGGCGAGGGCGGCUACAGGCAGUGGUGCGCCAGGGCUGGCACGCUGGUGGCCAACCUGCUGCAGGCUGCAGGCGCCGACCACCUGAUUGCGAUGGACCUGCACGAUCCGCAGUACCAGGGCUUCUUUGAGAUCCCGGUCGACCUGAUCUACGCCGAGCCGUGCAUCAUCCAGUGGAUCCGCACCGAGAUCCCUAACUGGCGCCAGGCGGUGGUUGUCUCGCCGGACGCUGGAGGCGCCAAGCGCGCAACAUCGGUGUGCAGCAAGCUGAACCUGGACUUUGCCCUGAUCCACAAGGAGGACCUGGCCAACACCAAGGAGAGCAUGGGUCUGGUCGGCGAGGUCGCCGGGCGGCCGGUGAUUGUGCUCGAUGACAUGAUCGACAGCGGCAGCACUAUCUAUGCGAUUGCUGUCCACGGUGUGUUCUCGGGCCCCGCUCUCGAGAUCAUCAACAAGUCGCCCAUCACCCAGGUGGCCUGCACCAACACCGUCCCCCAGGAGGAGUUCAGGAAGCUGUGCCCGAAGCUGGCCACGAUCGAUAUCUCGACGAUGCUGGCCGAGAUCAUCCGGCGCACGUUCAAUGGCGAGUCCGUGUCGCAGCUGUUUGUACACGAUGAGCAAUUCUAA